AUGGCACCCCCUCGUGUAGCUCCUCCUCAACCUUCUCAGGGUGAUGGGCAAGACCUAGCUAGGGCGAUCGAGGCUAUGGCUGCGGCCUUGACGCAACAGAGUAAUGCUAUGAUGCAACAGCAUGAGGCGGCGAUGCAGCGCCAGGAAGCCUCUCUUGAGCAGCAGCACUUCAUGAUGCAGCAGAUGGAAGCUGCUAGGCAGGCUGCUGAGGAUGCACAGAGGCAGCAUGUGGAUGCUCUCCGGCAGUUAGGGGAGAAUGCUGCAGGUGCUCAGAUGUAUGGUCCUCAUCCCCAAUCUCCACCCCCUGAAUGGAGUUUGGAAGAUUUCCUGAAGCACCAACCUGCCAAGUUUGAUGGCAAGAAGAGUCCCGACCAGGCGGACCAAUGGAUGAAGGAUAUGGAGCGUAUCUUUGACGCUAAGAGGUGCCCGGAUGAGAGCAGACUGGCUUUCACUGUCUACAUGCUCACUGGAGAGGCUGAGCAUUGGUGGGCCAGCAUGAAGCUGGUGAUGGAAGAGAAGCAUGAGGACAUCACAUGGAGAGCCUUCAAGAGGAGGUUCUUGUCUGAGUAUUUCCCUGAUAGCGUGAGGUACGCUAAGGAGGUUGAGUUCCUCCAGCUGACGCAGGGGAACAAGUCAGUGGCCGAGUACGCCGAGCAGUUCAAGCACCUGGGGCGCUUCUAUACCAUGCCACUGGACGAGGAGUGGCGUUGCAGAAAGUUCGAGAAUGGCCUCAGAGGAGACAUCCGCUUGAUGGUAGCUCCACUGUCCAUCAAGGACUUUGCGGCCUUAGUGGAAAAGGCCAGGGUCAUGGAGCGUAUGAAGGUAGAGGUGGAAGCUCAGCAGCAGUCACAACAGAGAGUUAGCGGACCAUCUGGGUCCAGGCCACGAGUUGAAGAAAAGAGGAAGCCUUAUGCUAGACCUCACCCACAGUCACAAGGGUCUAGAGGCUUCUCUUCCCCACUCAGCAGGAUCCAGUGCCACCACUGUGGAGGACCGCACGUGAAGAGUUUCUGCCCACAGUUAUCUGGGUUCCGCAGGUGCAACCAUUGUGGCAAAGAAGGCCACUUUGGUAGGGAUUGUCCUACUCUGAGGAGGGCCGUUGCACGACCUUCACCACAGACUCCGAGUCAGAAUUCAGGGCAGACUCAGCAGAGAGGAGGAGGCAGCAGGCCUCAGGCUACAGGCAGAGUUUUUGCGAUGACUGGGUCAGAGGCAGCAGGUUCAGAUGUUCAGUGGAGGUAG